AGAGGAGGGGAGAGAGACGAGGAGAGGAAAACACAGCGGAAGAGCUCUGCUAGAUAGUGUGGAUAUCAAACGGAAGCUUCUUAAGCGUUAGGAUUUUCCAAACAGCGUCUAUCGUUCCUACAUUCCCACCUGAAGGACUCAACGAGGAAUCGCCGGCUUCUGCUCGUUUUAUUUUCGUUUGUCUGUUGGCAAGCGGCAGUGGAGAUGCUCCUGUAAUUGGAUUCAUCUGGAAAGCGCUCAGACCGUGAGGAGAGCUGCUUAAGUGACAGCGGCUCUCUAACGCAGCAUAGUGAAUUCUCUUCAUCUUUCGUUUUUCCCCUCAGCUCCAUCUCCCUCUCAUCUUCUUCCCACAGCAGAAGAGUUUCUGUCGCACGCAGAUCCUCGCGAUGGGUGAUAAAGGCACAAGGGUGUUCAAGAAGGCUAGUCCGAAUGGAAAGUUAACUGUAUACCUUGGUAAGAGGGAUUUCGUCGACCACGUGGAUCUUGUGGAGCCUGUCGAUGGUGUGGUUUUAAUUGAUCCAGAGUACUUAAAAGAGAGAAAAGUUUUUGUGACCUUGACGUGUGCUUUCCGCUAUGGACGGGAGGACUUGGACGUUCUUGGCUUGACGUUUCGCAAAGACCUCUUUGCUGCCAACAUCCAGGCAUUUCCUCCCGUGCCAGAAGAGAAAAAGAGCUUGACACGUCUACAAGAGCGACUGAUAAAGAAACUUGGAGAACAUGCUUACCCCUUCACCUUUGAGAUUCCUCCGAACUUGCCCUGUUCUGUCACGUUACAACCAGGGCCAGAGGAUACAGGAAAGGCCUGCGGGGUUGACUUUGAAGUGAAAGCUUUCUGUGCAGAAAACGUUGAAGAAAAAAUCCACAAAAGGAAUUCAGUGCGUCUUGUCAUCAGAAAAGUGCAGUAUGCUCCAGAGAAGCCGGGCCCACAGCCAAUGGCUGAAACCACAAGGCAGUUCCUCAUGUCAGAUAAACCUUUACACCUGGAGGCCUCACUUGACAAAGAGAUUUACUAUCAUGGUGAACCAAUCAGUGUCAACGUCCAUGUCACAAACAACACAAACAAGACAGUAAAAAAAAUCAAGAUUUCAGUGCGUCAAUAUGCUGAUAUCUGCCUCUUCAACACUGCCCAGUACAAGUGUCCAGUGGCGACAGAGGAAUCAGAUGAUAUUGUGGCCCCCAGUGCUACAUUUUGUAAAGUAUACACUCUCACGCCUUUCCUUGUGAAUAACCGAGAGAAACGCGGCUUGGCUCUGGAUGGCAAACUCAAACAUGAAGACACAAAUUUAGCCUCAAGUACAUUGUUAAGAGAGGGAGCCAAUAAGGAAAUUCUGGGCAUCAUUGUUUCUUAUAAGGUGAAAGUGAAGCUUGUGGUGUCUCGUGGAGGUGCCAAUCAAUAUUCUCUCUGCAACCUUCUUGUUUUAGCUCCAGAAAAUGAUGCCCUCAUUGACACAAACCUUAUUGAAUUUGACACAAAUGACGAUGACAUCAUCUUCGAGGACUUUGCCCGACAACGACUGACCGGGGCAAAAGAUGACAAAGACGAAGAUGAGGAGGGUGCCGAUUCGCCCAAACUGAAUGACAGAUAGAUUGCAGAUAAGAGUUUCCUGUGUUGUGACGAUACAAGAGACCCUUUUGAGAUAACCUGGAAAAAUGGGACACCCUUUAACACACUCACAGUGGUGCAGUUGUUGUGUUCUUGUUCACAUUUGUCUCUUCCAUCCUGCAAGGGUGUACAGUAAAAACUUAAGUGUAGAAAAUGUGACCUUGUCGUCGAAGAGAUUAGAAGGUGAGGUUUUAGUUGAUAGGCCGGCCACUGAGUGCCUCGGGUAUUUGAGGGUUGAGGCAAUGGCUUCUCAUCUUAGCUAAAUCAAACGUCAGUGGUAGCAUGCCUUUGUUGUUGCUUUGUUUUAUAGAUUCUUCCUUUGGUUAGAACUGAGGAAGAUUUUAAGGGCCGUGAUUUAGUUUUGAACCAUAUUUAAUGUAUGGAAUUUAUUGUUUUAAUUACUGUAAAUGGAACUGGAUUCAGUAUUUUUAUUAUAAAAGUUGCCAAAUUGAAUCAUCUUUAUAAUGUCUAAUGUCUCAACUGAGAGCUUUUGAAUCAGUCGUGCAGAGUGCAAGUUUUUUUUUUUUCCCGAUAAAAAAAUUUAAUCUAAAAGCUAUCUUACCUAAUAAAAGUUAUGGAUUCACUACUGAUAAAAAGACUACAUGACACAAUGCAACAACAAUGUAUGACAAUUUUUUUUUCUCUUAAAAGUCUUCAGUUAUUUCUAAAAGUGGGUUUCUAUGAAAUAAUUUAAUUAUAAACAAUGCCUAUAUGUGACCCUGGGGCAUACCUGUCAA